CUCCUGCGCAAAAAUCACCGAACUGACAGAAAGAGGGCGUGAUAUAUCUCCGUUGCCAUGGAAACGACCAUGAGUCUGGUUUACGCAGCUUUUCAGUGAUUGGUUGAAGCUCGGUCACAUCCGGGUGUCUAAAGAUAAACCAAACCACUUUUCGUUCUCUGGUUACAGUCUUACUGAAACAUCCCUUUUCUUAAACCAACUUUCAAACGUAACAAAGGACUUAUUUCAUGUAGAUCCUUUUAGAAACAGCUGUGUGUGUUUUGUUUGUUUUAAGCAGAUGUUGGAGUAGAAAAUAGUAACGUUUUCGAAUCAUGACAGUGCUCUACUCAAAUAUCUGCAGACGCUGGUUCAAGGACAGGCACGUGUUUUCUAAACUUGUGCCACCUUUAAGGGUCUGACUAGAAAGGGUUUUACCAGCGGGUAGAAGACUGUCAGAUCAGAUAGGAUUGUCUGUUCCAACGUCUGUUUGGAACUCGGGUUAAGUCACUGUGUGGUGUGUGUGUGUGUGGCUGAAUAGAGAAGCUUAGUUACAACGACCCAAGUAGAUUUCUUGUUUAGUCAACCGUUUUGUUUGUUUGUUUCAUUGGGAUCUCCAUUAGUGAUACUAAAUGUAGUAUCACAAUUCUUCCUGGAGUCCUACAAUUCAGAAACAAUAAAUGCAAAAACAUAAGCCGUUAGGCUGCGAAAAUGUGACUGAUACUUGUACAGUAUAGGGGGCAUCUGGAAACAUAUAUGUACGCUGGCCUACCUACUUGACGGGAACUUGUAACUCACUUUUAUAGUGUUGGGUAUUCUGGAAAUUCAGUGUUUGCCAUGGCUAGGUUUCAAUCAAGCACGCCAAGUAACCUCUAUUCUUCUCCAUAUGUUUUUGGGGGGCUUACUUGCCGAGGUGUGGCAACUGCGACUCCCAUACAAGGGCCACCGACUUUACGUCCCUAGCCAAAAUGAUGAAUGCUAUCCCUAGCCUAGGCCUUGUCGAGUGGACAUAUACUUAGUUAAAUGUCAUUGGUUUUUUUACGUACAAAGUUCCCAUCUUGUCUUAGUUGCAACCCACGUUCUCCAAAAACUACAACAAACAAAGUGCAAGCUUCUCUUAACAACGUGUAACUUUUGGGUCGACCAAUUCAUGCAUUCCGUGUGUGUGUGGUUGGGAGAGGGGGGUCCUAGGUGUUUUUAUGUUACACAUUAAUUUUGACCUUAGCCUGGAUACCACACCCCCAGCCCGAUCUCAAUAUCUAUCGUGGGAUAUUGAGAUUGUACUGGGGUGUGGUAUCCAGGCUAAUUUGACCUCAACUUUUAGUCAUGAUUUGAAAGUGGUAUAUUUCCGUCGAAAUUUCAUACCGCUGCAAUUCAAUACGAUCUAAGUGCACGUAACUUUUGAAAUGAACCCCUUGAUUACGUACAUACGUCAUCUUUUAAGCAUUAUCAAUCCCAAUCAUCCUAAGAUCCCCGUACCUUUCCUGACGUGGAAUAGCCUGAAAAUUGCCCAGGCGUCUCGUUCUUUUGAAACGUGGAACUACAAUCUCCGACCGCUGACAAAGCCAAGCUUACAGAUUUAAGUGACCUACGUGUAAAACGUUUGUAUACACAGUUUGUAAGGAGACCCGAACUCUUGUUUGUCCAAAAGCCGGAACUACCAUUCCUCGGGAAGUUUCGUUGUUGUGUUCAACAGAUUGAAGUACGUAAUUCAGUUUAGAAAUUCUUUUCGUUUUAUUCAUUCCGUUCUAUGAAAUGCAACGUUAUAAUCAGAUUGUGUGGUUUUGAUUGUUUGUUACCUUUUAAUAAUUUGACAAGAAGUAAUUUUCCAUUAGUUGACAACCUUGUAUGAUGUUGAAUGUAUGGUCCCGGAUAUGAAGUACCUAUGUUGUGCUUCAGUGUGAAUGAGCUCCAAUAGAAGAGUCCCACGUCUGUUAAACUACAUAGACUCCGUAGUUUGAGUGUUGUAAGCUCACAAAUCUGAAGAACAAACGCCCCAGCCAGACCUAGUGCCACAAACCUACCGGCACAGACUUCGUGUGCAGUCAUUUUCAAAUGCUAAAAGCGGACGAGUGUGUUUUAAACGUUUUCUGUACUUAAAAUCGUUUUUACAAGUUGCUUUACAAGUGAAAAGUCAUGUUGCCGCUCUACAAGGAGAAGAAAAUCUCCCCCUCUGUUGUUUGCACACUUCUGCAAAACUCCAAAAGGGCCAAAACGAUCGCUCUGGUUUUUGUGUUGCUGUGGCUGUUCCUGGGCGUGUGGCUGCUGUACAGCUCCUACGUGUCGAGGGGAAGCUUCAGACUGGAGGACUUGCACCCGUUUCAGCGGGGCGGGGAAGAUGGUUCGGACCAAGAACACGACGAAGACUCGAAGAUGCAUCCUGUCUUAGCGCGAGCCUUGCACAUGAAAGACGACGGGCAUGAACUUGAAGUUGGACCGAACGUCGCACGCAGGUACGCCGACGUACAAGGUGACUCGCCCCCCUGGUCUCUCGCACCACGUACAGAGCUGUGUAAAGGUCAGGACUUCGUUCUACUCGCGUUGGUGGAGACUUCGCCACACCGCUUCCAACAGCGCGCCGUCAUCAGGAGGUCUUGGGGACAGAACAUCGCAGCUAAAAGCGAAAAGGAGAACCUAAAAUGGCAGGUUGUUUUCGUCAUGGGUACAGCUUCGGAUGCCAUGACGGAAGAAAGACUUGUGGACGAAUCUUUGCAGUAUAAUGACAUUCUUCAAGGGAAGUUUGAAGAUCACAGAGAAGAGGACAACUUAAAGGUAACCCUGGGUUUUCAGUGGGUGAACAGCACUUUUUCUAACGGAAGUUGUGUGCCUAGCUUUGUUCUCAAAACCGACGACAAUGUCCUUGUCAACAUGAAAGUUUUGGCGCCCUGGGCACGAGACGCUCACGAGAUCUCGCAGAAUCUCUUCAUGGGUCACGUGCUUCGCGGAGGACGGCCGACCCGGGACCAAUCAGAGCCCAGGUACAUCUCAGAAGCGAAAUAUCCAAGAGACGACUUUCCUAACUUCGCACAAGGUCCGGUAUACAUGUUCUCAUUGGACGUCGUCAUUAGAAUGGUCAAAGCAUUUCGCGCCUUCGGACAUAUGACGCCAUUUCCAUUCGAAGACGUGUACCUCGGGCUCUUGGCGGAGUAUCUUCAGGUGAUCCCGCUACACGACGAUCGCUUCGUGGUGAUGAAGAAGCCGAAGAACACUUGUCUCUACAGGAGGAUGACGUUUAUCUAUGACGUCAGUCCCCAGGAGAUGCUAAGCCUCCACAACAUCAUCCAAUCAGAUGACACUGACUGUAAAGAAAUCUGAAACGAACUGUUUGAACAGCCACAGGUACUCCAGACACGUUUUCCAAAAGCUAUCCAGUUCCUUGAGUUACUGUUAUAUCGCGCGUAUCUUAUAACCUGAUUGUUUAACCUUCAUCGGCGAGCUAAACAACCAUUAGCUAUUGUAGACAUAUGCAGAUGAGUUUUGAUCAUCUUCAGAGAUUAAGUAUAGCAUGCCUUGUUUGGGACUGUGCCCUAUGUCAUUUUACAUUGAGUUAUGGUUACUUUCACUAUUAUUUCAUACAAUGGACAUUACAAUCGUAGCGGAAGAUAUAUUAUUCAUACCCUUCUACCAGUGCGAGUUAGAGGCAUUGAUAGAUGCCACGCCCCUUUUCUCCAGAUGCCACGCCCCUUUCUUGUUAAUGUUCACUGUAAGUGUUCAAACUGACAACAUGAAUGAAUUUUAACGAUUGUCCGAAAUCAAUUGUACUGCAUUCAAUUCUUGAUUCUAAAUAAAGAUAUAUACAUUAUGGC